AUGGGCUUCUUUAUAUCACGAUCAUGGCGCCUGCCGAAAAUUAUCUACUUCCUCAUGGUGUUUGAACUGCCAUUCACCGUGGCCAACCUUGCGCUCUUCGGCAUCGCAUCGCCAAAUCUAUACCGCACAAUCUUGUGGAGAGUAGGAGGCGAGUUGGGCUUCAACUCGAAACCAAGUACAGUCCUAUAUGCGGCUGCGAAUUAUCGACCUGUGGAUACACCUUUAGUAUGGAGUAGCUUUAACACCCAAUACCACCUCGUAAUCGGCGUAGUAUGCAUGUUCUUCUGGCUUGUCAAGGUGACCUUAUGGCUCCUUAAGGUCUUCUUCCCGAUCCUAUCGCUCCUCCUCCACAUCGCUCUCAUGACCCUAUGGGCCUACGGCAUUCACAUCCAAACCGCGCCCGACACAAUCGACCCCAAGCACACAAACAACGGAGCGCCCUGGUACAUAACCAAGAGCUGUAACAUCGUGGACGACAAGCACAUCAAGAGUUACUGCAUGCAAGCAAAGAGCAGUUUCGCCGUCAGCAUCAUCAUGCUUGCCAUCUACGCUGUCUUCGUCGUCCUCUCAGUCUAUUCCCUUAUCCCGACCACCGCCCAAAAACAAGCACACGCGGCCAGGAAAGCGGAAAAGAAAGCGGAGAAGGAGAAGUGGGCUUCCUCACCUUACGACAACGAGAUGACCGCCGAGGAACAAUGGCAGCACAUGUGGGAACUUCAACAACUACCUCGUACACCCGGUACUAUUGGUGGCAUGAAGUCACCCAUGACGCCACGGACACAAGCAUUCAACAAUCUUGGUGGUGAGGAGGCUGGGCAUGGAGGCUAUUACAGCAACGUGCCAACAGGAGGUAAUGCGUGGUACGGACCACCGCAGACGCACGAAGGGACUAUAACGGUCAGUCCAGUAAUGGAGCAAGACGAAUACUACUCCUCGCACGAAGGCAAGGGGAAAGCACCGGGCUGGGGCGGUAAUGCGUACUAA